AUGCUAAGAAGAAAAACCAAUGCCGCAAUCGCAGUAAUAAUUCGCAUCCCCUACGUCAAAACGCUCGUCGACAACGCCUCCGACUUCCUCUUCUCCUCCACCGACGUCGUCAUCUGGUCCGCCAUCGAACCGGGCCUCGCCAUCACAGCAGCCAACAUGGCGACCCUGCGUCCACUCUUCCAAGCCUUCCUCUCCCGCACCAAACUCUGGGGCUCGACUACUGCGCGGGGGAAUUCAUCCGGCUACAGACACAGCAAGAGUCGGUCCCGGGGUUUCAGUAAUGGUGGCAGAAAAGGGUAUAUCAGGAGCGGGAGUAAAGGGAAUAUCACGACGGAUGGCGAUAUGGAGGGUGAUGAAGUCGGGUUGAAGGAUAUGGUUAGUCCGACCGAGAACCCGGACGAGAAAGUCAGGAGGAGGAGCAGGAGGGUGAGAUUCCGAUAUCAUUGUCGAUACAGAGGAAUGGGACGGGGGAGUCGAGACGGGCGUCUGUAA